UUGUCGCAUGUGUCAAACUCUAUCCUUCUCCCUAUCCUCUUCCUCCAGUUCGUUAAACCCUAUAAGCCCCCAGCGCACCCGCACCCGCACCCGCACCCACGCGCACCCAAACCUCCGUUCCAACCCCAACCCAAAAUCGUCUUCUUCCUUGGAGUGGAGGGAGCCAUGAAUCCAUCUCUUCUCACUGCCCCUCCUUCCUCUCGACCUGGCCCUCUUGUUUCCUUCCCUCCCUUCGGUUUCACCCCUAAUUCCCUCCCCAGACGACGACGUUACAGGGUCUCCUUCGCGCAACUCAAUCUCCAUGAUGACCAAUCCCCUACGUCCACUUCAUCGACCGAAACGACAGCAACCACCCCGACCGCCCCCGACAUUUUCGGAGGCCCGAAGGAGCUUACCGGCAUCCAACCGGUGGUUCAGAAAUUGUCGCCGCCACUCAGAGUAGCGACUUCUGCUGUCAUCUUCGCUGGAGCUCUUGCCGCAGGAUACGGUAUCGGGCUCCGGUUGGGUGGGAACAGGAAUGCCGCGUUGGGUGGAGCAGCGAUUCUCGGUGCAGCUGGUGGAGCUGCUGCCUAUGCUGUGAACGCAGCUGUUCCGGAAGUUGCGGCAGUUAGUUCUAAUUAUGUAGCCGGCUGCGAUGGCCCCGAGGCCGGGAAAGAAGAUAUUGAAAACAUUGCCAAAAAAUACGGAGUGAGCCAGCAGGAUGAGGCAUUUAACUUGGAGCUUUGUGAUCUUUACUGUCGGUUUGUAUCUUCUGUCCUUCCCUCUGGAAGUGAAGGCCUUAGAGGGGAUGAAGUUGAAACUAUAAUCAGCUUUAAAAAUGCGUUAGGCAUUGAUGAACCAGAUGCAGCUUCCAUGCAUAUGGAGAUUGGUAGGCGAAUCUUUAGGCAAAGGCUCGAGACAGGAGACCGUGACGGUGAUUUAGAGCAGAGACGGGCAUUUCAGAAGCUAAUUUAUGUUUCAACUUUAGUUUUUGGAGAUGCAUCAACUUUCCUUUUGCCUUGGAAGCGUGUUUUUAAGGUUACUGAUGCACAGGUUGAAAUUGCUAUCCGUGACAAUGCCAAGCAGUUGUAUGCUUCCAAGUUAAGUUCCGUUGGAAGAGAUGUCGAUGUGGAAUUGCUUGUCUCCCUUAGAGAAGCACAACUUAAGUACAAACUUUCUGAUGAGCUUGCAAAGGAUCUAUUGAUGGAGCACAAAAGAAAGCUGGUGGAGGAAAAUAUUUCCGUGGCACUCAACAUACUGAAGUCUAGGACAAGAACUGUUGGUGGAGUCAAGCAAGCAGUGGAAGAGCUUGAUAAGAUAUUGGCAUUCAAUGAUUUGCUUAUCUCUUUGAGUAACCAUUCAGAUGCAGAUCGUUUUGCUCGUGGAGUUGGUCCUGUGUCUCUAGUUGGUGGUGAGUAUGAUAGUGACAGAAAGAUGGAUGACUUGAAGCUCCUUUACAGAGCUUAUGUAACAGAUUCUUUAUCUGGUGGUCGCUUGGAAAAGAAUAAGCUUACUGCAUUGAACCAAUUGAGGAACAUACUUGGUUUGGGUAAUAAAGAAGCUGAAUCUAUCAUACUUGAUGUUACGUCAAAAGUAUAUCAGAAACGGCUUUCAGAGGUUUUCCAGAGCGGUGAUCUAGAGAUGGCAGACAGCAAGGCAGCCUUCCUCCAAAAUCUUUGUGAAGAGUUGCACUUUGAUCCACAAAAGGCUAGUGAGAUCCAUGAAGAAAUCUACCGGAAAAAGCUUCAACAAUGUGUAGCUGAUGGGGAGCUGGAUGAAAAGGAUGUUGCUGCAUUGCUAAAGGUACGAGUGAUGCUGUGCAUUCCUCAGCAAACUGUGGAUGCAGCUCACUCAGACAUAUGUGGCAGUUUGUUUGAGAAGGCUGUGAAGGAUGCAAUUGCUGCUGGUGUUGAUGGCUAUGAUGCUGAUGUUAGGAAAGCUGUGAGGAAAGCUGCUCAUGGUUUGCGAUUAACAAGAGAAGCUGCUAUGUCUAUUGCCAGCAAGGCUGUCCGUAAAAUUUUCUUAAAUUAUGUGAAACGGUCUCGAUCAGCUGAGAAUCGCACAGAGUCUGCAAAAGAACUUAAGAAGAUGAUUGCUUUCAACACCUUAGUUGUCACGGAAUUGGUGGCAGACAUUAAAGGAGAAUCUUCUGAUGCUCCAACAGAAGAACCUGUUAAAGAAGAAGUGGAAAAACUUUAUGUGGAUGAUGAAUGGGAAUCCCUUCAGACACUUAGGAAAAUAAGACCUAACAAGGAACUUACUGCAAAGAUGGGCAAGCCAGGCCAAACAGAGAUAACUCUUAAAGAUGACCUCUCUGAAAGAGACCGUAUGGACCUUUACAAAACAUACUUGCUAUAUUGUCUGACAGGAGAAGUCACAAGGAUUCCUUUUGGUGCUCAGAUAACCACAAAAAAGGAUGAUUCAGAGUAUGUUUUCCUAAAUCAGCUUGGUGGGAUCCUUGGUUUGACGGACAAGGAGACAGUGGAAGUCCAUCGGAGUUUGGCAGAGCAGGCUUUUAGGCAACAAGCUGAGGUGAUUUUAGCUGAUGGACAGUUAACGAAGGCUAGGGUUGAGCAGCUCAAUGAGCUGCAGAAGAAUGUUGGCUUGCCUGGACCGUAUGCACAAAAAGUAAUAAAGAGCAUAACAACUACCAAAAUGGCAGCUGCCAUUGAAACAGCAAUUGGUCAAGGGAGACUCAAUAUUAAGCAGAUAAGAGAACUCAAGGAAGCAGGUGUUGAUUUAGACAACAUGAUAUCAGAGAGCUUGCGAGAAAACCUCUUCAAAAAAACUGUAGAUGAGAUUUUCUCAUCAGGCACUGGAGAGUUUGAUGAAGAAGAAGUCUAUGAGAAAAUCCCGACAGAUCUCAAGGUUAAUUCUCAGAAGGCCAAAGGGGUUGUUCAUGAUCUUGCACGGACUAGAUUGUCCAAUUCACUUAUUCAAGCUGUGGCACUGCUAAGGCAGAGAAAUCAUCAGGGAGUGGUUUCUUCACUUAACGACAUGCUAGCUUGUGACAAGGCUGUGCCAUCUGAGCCAUUGUCAUGGGAGGUGCCAGAGGAGCUAGCUGAUAUUUUUAGUAUAUAUGCAAAAAGUAAUCCUGCUUCUGAAAAAUUAUCCCGUUUGCAGUAUCUGCUUGGCAUAAGUGAUUCAGUGGCAACAGCUGUAAGAGAGAUGGGAGAUGGAGUGCCAUCAGUUGGAGCAGAGGAAGAAAAGUUUGUGUUCUGAAUGUUUCCAUAAAAUUAUGGUGUAGAGCCUGUUUGGAAAGCUCAUUUUUGAAGGGCCCUUUAUCAUUCGAAAUUAAAAGCAGGAAGAAGAUUAGGUUAAUGUAGGAUCGCGAUUAGUCAUAAAGCUGUUUGAUCUUGGAUAGCAAUGGAAGUACUGUUAGAUUGCUUUCUGUUUAGCUUUAUUUUUUUUCACCCCUAGCUAGGUGUACUGCAUGGGGAGCAAGGUUUGUCCCAAACAAGGGAAAUAUAAAUUCUUUUUCCAAAAUAAAGUUUUUAAUGUGUAGGAGUACCACAGCUUUUGAUA